AUGGCCGCCCCUGCUGAUAUUACUAUGCAGAACCUGAAUGGAAAAUGGGAGAUGGACUCAACCCAUUCUAACCCGACAGACCCUAUUCUAUCUCUGCAAGGAGUGGGCUGGCUCAUUCGCAAGACUCUCUCGUACGCGACAGUGACAAUCUACAUCACCCAGUACGCAGACAGCGAGAACCCCGCGCUCAUCCACGUCGACGCGCAGCAAGUAAUCACAGGCGGCAUCCAAGGCACCAAGGAAGAGCGCCGACUGGACUGGGAAGAGCGCGAGCACGUCGACCACAUCUUCGGCAAGCUGAAGGGCCGCUCGCGCCAGAUCGCCGGCGCUAAGAGCGAGGAUGGCGCUGUGCGCCCUGUCCUCGAGGCCCAGACUAAGGCCGGCUCGCCUGAGGCUGAUGCUAAGGUGUUGAAGUUCCUGAUUGGCGAGACUCUCAUUGAUGGGUCGAAGAGUGAGGGAUUCUUGGCUGAGGAGGGCGAGGGCGUGUUUUUGCAGAGCUUUGUGCAGAAUGUCGAGUCUGGGUGGACUGCUGAGCAGGUUUGGGGAUUUGAGAUUGUUGAUGGCGAGAGACGUCAUACUCGUCGUGUUGUUGUCGUUAAGGAUGGGAAGGUUGCUUCUGCUAGACUUGUUUACGCUUUCAAGGAGCGUAAGGUUGCCGAGUAA